AUGUCACUUGAACCUGAAAAAAAAAAAAGAAAAACAGUGAGUAUUCAAGAAAAGCUAGAUGCACUAGAUGAAAUUGAAAAAAAAAAAAAAACAUCAACUGAAAUUGCUAGACAAUUGGGAGUUGGACAUUCAACAGUUUGUGGAUGGAAAAAAGAUGAAAAAUUAUUAAAUAUGCAACGUGAAUUAAUUCAUGCUGUUCAAGCAAAUAAUAUGAAACGUCUUCGUCAAGUUGAUAAUCCACUUGUUGACAAAGCAACAUGGCAAUGGUUUAAAGAACAAAAAAAAUCUGGUGCUCAAUUAAGUGGUCCAAUAAUAAAAUCACAGGCAAUUUUUUUUUGGCAAAAUUUAGGUUUAUCUAAAAGUUUUGAUGCAAGUGAUGGUUGGUUGAGUAAAUGGAAAAAUCGUCAUCAUAUAAAAAAUAUAAUUUCAUGUGAAGAUUCUGAUAUUGUCACUGAAUAUCAUAAUAAAUUUGAUGAAAUUAUUAAAAGUCGUGGAUUAACACCUGAUCAAGUAUUUAAUGCUGAUGAAACUGGUAUUAAUUUUCGUCAAAUGCCAAAGAAAAAUUUGUAUACUCAAGAUGAAGUUGGUGCAACUGGUGCAAAAGGUAAAAAUGAACGUAUCACUGUGAUGGCAUGUAGUAAUGCUUCUGGUACAAUUAAACCACCACUAAUUGUCAUUGGUAAAUAUGCAAAACCAAGAGCAAUUAAAAAUCUACAACAUUUACCAGUUAGUUAUAAACAUCAGAAGAGUGCCUGGAUGUCAAAUGAUAUAUUUACAAAUUGGUUUUAUUAUGAAUUUGUUCCAUUCAUCAGUAAAGAGUUAGAAAAAAAAAAUUUACCAACAAAAGCUAUACUUUUUACUGAUGAUUAUGGAACGAAUGGACAAAAUCUUAAAAGUGGUGAUAUAGAGGUAAUUUAUUUACCACAAAAUAUGACAUCAAUUCUUCAACCAAUGGAACAAGGUUGUUUACAAAAUCUUAAAACAAUUUAUAGAAAAAUAUUAUUGGAAUUUGUUGUUAAAGAAUUAACAGCAAAUAAAUGUCUAGCUGAAAUUUUAAAAAGCAUAACAAUUAGAGAGGCAGUUUUUUGGCUAGCUAGAUCAUGGAACAUGGUGACAACAUCAACAAUAACAACAUCAUGGAAAUCGUUGUGGCCAGAAAUACAAACAAUUAAAUCACUAAGUGAAACUGAAGUUCCUGAAGUUGAUUUUAAUAAUACAACUGAUAUUGUCAAGGAAUUUCAACUUGCAUUGAAGAAUGAUGAUGAAAAUAAUGUAAAUGAAAAAGCCAUCAACACAUGGCUAAAUUGUCCAACUGUACAAAAUUUAAAUGAAUGUUUAAGUCCCCAUGAAAUUAUUGAAAAUUUAAAAAAUUAAUCAACAAAAUAUUGAUUCAUCAAUAGUCAAGAUGUGUAUAGUGUAUUAUAAAUUUUUAGUAUAAAUAAAUAAAUUGAUUUUCAAUAUUUUUUUUUAUAAUUUUUAUUUGUCGAAAAUAAAUUGCUCAACAAUUUCUUCAUAGAUUCUAAAUUGAUUUUGUUUCUUUUUUUUUUUUUUUACAAUAAUUUAAAAAUAAAUCUAAUAAACAAAUUAAAAAAAAAAAAAAAAAACAAACAUCUCCUGUGUGAAUUCGGGUAACAUCGGCUUGUUCCGAGAUAAGUUCGUUUGUCUUCGGUUGUACUCGAGUAACCCCGAAAUCGUUGAUGCGUUAAUCGGCAUCAUGAAAAAAAAAAAAGCCAGUUGCUUGAAAACCUUGUGGCUUAUGUUGGUGUUUUUUUUUUUUUGCUUGUAAAUCGCGUCUAAUUGUUAUUUAAUAUUAAUUAUUAAUUAUUAUUUGUAAUAAAUAAUUGUAUAAACAACACUGCCAAACAUCACAAACUGACUAAAUUCAAAAAUUCAAAAACUCAUUUUUCAUAUUCACUUAAAACUACAAACAACAAACACUUUCAUAGCUACUUUUUUUUUUUUUUUUUCCAUAAAAAAAUUUAUUUAAUUUCUCACUGUUAAAAUUAAACUUUUACACUAGUGUGUGUGUGUUUAACAUUAUAUCACAGUUAAUAGAAAAAACAUAGAAAAAAAAAAUAACGAAUUUUCAUUCACGUGCAUUUCACAUUUUUGUAAACAAAAACAAAAAUAAUACACGACAACAAUUCAAAACAAAUACUAAAAUAUAAACAAC